CUUCACCUCGUAUUCCGACUUUCUCUCCUUCACUAUCACUUUCUCUCUCACUCCCUUUUUCCCUCUUGUUUCUUCUUGUCCCUGGUUUGUCAUCGAUUUCAUGUGAGGAAGGCGAGAAAGAGACAGAAAGAAACAGAGAUCUCCAGAGAUCCUUUUCUUUCACUGCUAGUUAGUUUGUUAUUUAAGUGGGUUAGUUGUUCAGUCAGUCAGUCAGGUAGUUAGUUAGUUAGUUAGUUAGUUAGUUAGUCUGAUGUGUGAGCAGCUCUGGUUGUUGUUGUUACAGGUUACUUAGUGCAAGUUAGCAGGAGCUCCAGUAUCAGAGGAGGAUUCACACCUUACUGACCUGAAUUACACAAAAACAGAACAUCAUGGCUGUCAAAUAACUGCAUGGUGUGGUGAUGCACAGCUAAGACCGACUCAAACACACACACACACACACACACACACACGCCGUGAGUAUGUCGGCAGUGGGCUCAGCCUCCCCUCCUGCUGAGGACCCGAUCACGCCCCCACCCAUGACCACACCUCCUCGCAAAGCCUCGGUCCGCCUGCAGGAGAGGCGGGGCUCCAACCUGUCUCUGCUAUUGGACGUGAGCAGCCUGGGGGUGGAGCCUGUUUGUUCCGUCUCCACCCCAAAGGAGGUGUGGCUUCAGCUGCUUCACACCUCCUCCCGAACCCUCACGCACACAACGCUGCAGCAGGCUGCCAUGGACACAAACACGCUGAACGUCGAGUACCAGAAGAUCCCCCCGAACUUUGUGAGCGCUGCGGAGCUCGAUGUUCCAGGACACAUGAUGAAAGACAGAUACAAAACCAUCCUGCCCAACCCUGAGAGCCGGGUGAUCCUGAGGAGCCCAGAGGAAGAGGCGGGGCCAGACCGCUACAUCAACGCCAACUACAUCAGGGGUUACAAAGGAGCGCCCAGGGCCUACAUCGCCACCCAGGGGCCCAUGCUGCACACUGUGGCGGACUUCUGGGACAUGGUGUGGCAGGAGAGGAGCAGCAUCAUCGUCAUGGUUACCAGACUCAAGGAGAACAACGAGAAAUGUGAGCUGUACUGGCCACAGCCGGGGGAGCAGAGGAGGAGGAGGAGGGUGAAGGAGGAGGAGGACGAGGAGGAGGAGGACGGCGACGAAGAGGAGAAAGGGGAGACGGGCCGGUUCGGCAGAUUCCUCCUCAGAGUGAGAGACAUCCGAGAGAAAGACGGGUUCACCGUCACUGACCUGGAGAUCCAGCUGUGUGAGGAGCGUCGUCCCGUCAGACACUACUGGUUCACCUCUUGGCCUGACCACCACAUCCCACAAUGCACCACUCCUCUGCUGAGACUGGUGGAGGAGGUGGAGACGUACAGGAAGUCCCUCCUACCUCCCAGCUCUCAGCCGAUCGCAGCCCCCGACCUCGGCCCUGGACCAAUCAUCGUCCACUGCAGCGCAGGCAUCGGGAGGACAGGUUGUUUCAUCGUCAGCAGUAUCGGCUGUCAGCAGCUCAGAGAAACCGGUCAGGUUGACAUCCUGGAGACUGUGUGUCAGCUUCGACUCGACAGGGGUGGUAUGAUCCAAACCACAGAGCAGUACCAGUUCCUGUACUCCACGCUGGCCCAGUACAGCUCCCAGCUACAACACAACCAGGAGCAGAACCAGAACCAGGACCCGGCGGACAGAGCCAGCACACAGCUACAGAACCUCCAGCUGGACAACACACAGAAUGAGAAGAACUGAUACGGUACCUGGAGAACCGGCAGAGUCUACAAGGCCAGGUACACAUCUAAAGAAACCCAGGAAACCUCAGAACCAACAGAAUGCACAACAAAGAUUAUUAACAGAACCAGAAAGAUGGAAACAAGAGAACUUAAGGAAAGCAGAUGGACACCAGCAGCCGAACCCAAAGAACUGAUGCACUCACAGAUGGAGAAUUUGGGGAACCAGCAGUAUCAGAAGUGUGCUGAACUGGCCCGGUUCAGUGCAUACAGCUAAGAACUGGCACGGCAGAGGCAGGAGAACCCAGAGCGCCGGGUUCAUCCUGGACUGAAAAUCUCACUAACCUUUCUCAGCUGAACCAAGAGAACCAAGUAGAAAAAACACUUGGAAAACCUAUUUCCCAAUAUUAAUAUCAGAUGAAAUCCAAUAAAAUAAGAAAUGAUGA